AUGGACAACCCUCACGACUAUUUGAUUACGAGCCGUCCUCCUUCGCGGCCCGUCGACCCUGACAAUGCCGAUAGCUGGGUUAUGCUUAACCAGGGCGGCUUCGUCAAGCUUGGCAAUGAACGCAUCUUGAUGAAGCUCGACUCGAGGAUCUCAUGCGACCUGUCUGUGCCCCAGGAGCUGAGAUCACGAUGCACCUCGUUCCAACGGAAAAGCGAUAGGGGCACCCUUUUCCUUACCAACAAGAGAAUCGUGUAUCUACCAUCGAAACCUACCCAAGAACCAAAAUUCGAAUCCUUUAGUGCCCCAAUCUUAAAAUUCCAAGACUCUACGACCUCGUCCUCGAUGUGGUGGGGAUGGGUCUGGAAGUCAGAUUGCAUCCCAGUAUCUGGGGGUGGCAUUCCCCCAGACAUUCCACGAGUCGAAGUCAAGUUCACCUUUUCCGACGGCGGCAUGAUGGACUUCAAUGAGACCUACAUCCGGUUGAGGGAGCGCCUCUUCCAGUAUCAAGAGAUGCGCCGCGAGAUGGGCCCUGGCGCUGAUGUUCCCGAUGAACCUCUUCCAGCCUACGAGGCCCAAUCUAGUCAACCAGCCACAGCCACUUUGGAUACGCGGCCAGAUCGAUCCGACAGUGCCGCCAGCCGGAGGGCGCCAGAUGAGCCACCACCAGAUUAUGACGAGGCGCAAGCCCAGCAGUUGAAUAUCCGGCUGGAGGAUCACAUUCGGGGCGAGAUUGACAGGGGAGUAUACGAACGCGAUGAUUAA